AUGCAAGAUCUGUUAUAUAGUUAUGACUCUGAUACGAAGAAAAAUGAUAAUACUGAAAAUACACGAGAUGAAUAUUAUAAGAAACAAUUUAAAGUAAAAUAUUAUUUAAAAGUUGUUAUUGGAGUAUCAUUAUUUGUUUCAAUAUUUUUUCUAAUAAUGAGAAUGAUAACAAUUAAAAAGUCAUAUGUUUGUAGUAAAGGAUAUAAUUCAUUAUUAGUUAAUUACGAAGACCCCCCUUUUAUUGAUGUUAAAAAUACAACACAAUUUUACACUUUUGUUGAUCCAUCUUAUUCAUUAACAUUUUAUGGAACAUUUAUUGAACAACAAGUCGGAGGUUUUUUUAAUAGAGACAUUCUUCUACCAAAAAUUACAUUAAAUGAUUCUCGUUUCAGUUUUAAUAGAGAGUUCAUUGGUUGUGCUACUAGUGGGUGGUUUGACCAUUAUAAAAAAUGUGAAAGAUUAGUUAUUUCCUUUGAAUUAAAUACUACAGAAGAAAUGAUAAUUCAACCAUAUCCAGUUACUAUUACAAUAGAAGAUCCAAAACCUACAUAUUCUAUGUAUUUUAGUGAAUUUUCAAAUAUUGGAUGUUCAAGUAAUUUUACUGUUCUUGUUAUUCCAUUACAAAAACAGAAUUGUUAUCCAUCUAUUACAUCUCCUUCUAUUUUUUGUGUAAAUUCUACAAAAGAAAAUCAAGUAAAAUCAAUUAAUUUUACAAUGUCAUAUGAUGAAAAUUGGGAGUUAAUGAAUAGUUAUUAUCCAUUUAUUCACCAAAUAUCACUUUGUUCAGAUAAUCAUUAUGAAGAUAAACAAAUGUUACCAAGUUUAAUUAAUAUUGUAGAGUUUAAAAAUCAAGUUUAUAUUACUAGUAGACAUCUUAAUGUUACUCAAUUAAAUUAUACUGGUAAAAACCAAAAAUAUAUUAUUGAAUCAAGUCAUCAUGGUAUUAUUGCCAAUGUUACUUUCUAUUCUUCAAUAGAAUAUCACGCUGUUAUUGAAACAGAUCGUAAAUUAGAAUUUCUUGCUAUUCCUUUUGUUUAUAAAAAGAAUGAUAAUUCUUUUAGAAGUUCUUAUAUUGCUGGUGGGUUUUAUGUAAAUCAAUUAAGUUUUAUUAGUUAUGAAAUUCUUCCAUCAAAUACUUCAUUAUCAUUGAUAAAUGUUAUUGCUCCUUUUACAUUUUAUUUAGAUAAAUUACCAAUUAUUACUAUUAAUGACAACCCAACAAGUAUUUAUGACUAUGCUAAUCCAACCAUUCUUCCAUUUAGUCAAUUCUUUAGGUAUUCUCAAACAUUAGUUUCUUCAACAAAUAUUACUGUUCAAACUCGUGAAUUAAUUAAAUCAAUGAAAGAUGUAAAAUCAAUCAAAAUAGAAAUACCUGAAUGUGUUGAUUGCGAAUAUACUCAAUAUUAUUCUUAA